GCCCCCGUCUGAAGGCGAAUGCAGCAGCCAACGAAAAAACAAGCAAGCGGAGCCGGAGAGACAAGACGGCCGCGGUUCACCUCCGCAACACAAGAUCCUAUUCUGGAAGCGGAAAUUUCACGCCCUGUUGGGUCGUGUUACCGUUAAGAGACUUCUGAGGAUAUCCACGGGCAGAAAACAAUAGGAUGCAGUGUAGACUUUGCUGGUGACUGGUCUGCAGGCUCUCGGCUUCUCUUGUCCCAGGAGUCAGCCAGUUGGGGCGGGGGCAGAUUCCUGCGUUCCCCUUCUCUCACUCUUUUGUCUGGACGAAACCCACGGGCCGCUAUUGGAGUACGCGGCGCAUCCUCGCCUGUGUUGCUUGGAUCAGCACCGCUCAUCUCCCGACUGAGGAGAGCGCAGCAGCUGCACUCGCUUUCCCUUCUACUGCGCGGUCCUUCCUGAAGCCCGUCCACACCGCCCCGUCACCAUGGUGCUGUCGCAACGGCAACGGGAUGAACUAAAUCGAGCGAUAGCCGAUUAUCUACGUUCCAAUGGAUAUGAAGAAGCAUACUCCACUUUCAAGAAGGAGGCGGAAUUAGAUAAUAAUGAAGAAUUGGAUAAGAAGUAUGCCGGACUUUUGGAAAAGAAAUGGACCUCUGUGAUUAGAUUACAAAAGAAGGUGAUGGAGCUCGAAUCCAAACUGAAUGAAGCAAAGGAGGAGAUCACCCUGGGUGGGCCCGUCAGUCAGAAGCGCGAUCCCAAAGAGUGGAUCCCACGCCCGCCUGAAAGGUACGCGCUGAGUGGCCACCGCAGUCCGGUCACCCGCGUCAUCUUCCACCCAGUCUUCAGUGUCAUGGUGUCGGCGUCCGAGGAUGCAACAAUAAAGGUGUGGGACUAUGAGACUGGGGACUUCGAGCGCACACUGAAGGGCCACACGGAUUCAGUGCAGGACAUCUCCUUUGACCAGACCGGCAAAUUGCUAGCGUCCUGCUCUGCAGACAUGACUAUAAAGCUGUGGGAUUUCCAGGGCUUUGAGUGCAUCCGGACCAUGCAUGGACACGACCACAAUGUUUCAUCUGUAGCCAUCAUGCCCAAUGGAGAUCACAUCAUUUCUGCCUCAAGGGACAAAACCAUGAAAAUGUGGGAGGUGGCCACUGGCUACUGCGUGAAGACCUUCACAGGCCACCGGGAGUGGGUCCGCAUGGUUCGGCCCAAUCAGGACGGCACGCUGAUCGCCAGCUGCUCCAACGACCAAACGGUGCGUGUGUGGGUCGUGGCCUCCAAAGACUGCAAGGCGGAGCUGCGGGAGCACGAGCACGUGGUGGAGUGCAUCUCCUGGGCGCCAGAGAGCGCCCACCCCACCAUCCAAGACGCCACAGGCUCCGAGACAAAGAAGAGCGGUAAGGCGGGCCCGUUCCUGCUGUCCGGCUCCAGAGACAAAACCAUCAAGAUGUGGGAUGUUAGCAUCGGCUUGUGCCUUAUGACACUGGUCGGCCAUGAUAACUGGGUGCGUGGAAUCCUCUUCCACCCCGGAGGCAAGUUUAUUGUGUCCUGUGCAGAUGACAAGACCUUAAGGAUCUGGGACUACAAGAACAAGCGCUGCAUGAAAACCCUGUGUGCCCAUGAACACUUUGUUACCUCUCUGGAUUUCCACAAGGCUGCUCCCUACGUGGUCACUGGGAGUGUAGAUCAAACAGUAAAAGUGUGGGAGUGCCGCUGAUCUGGACCUCCAAGGAUUGGACCAUCACCUCCAAUUACCCCCUCUUGCAAUCCAGCCUCCCCCUCUCCCUCUCCCUCUCCUCUCGCCUCCUCUCCUCACCUGAAUCUCAUCCUCAUCUCCGGCUGCACUUACCACCAUGGUUAUUUACCUAUCGCGCUCUCUGGUCCAAUAACUAUUGUCCUUCUAUGUAAAUUAUUCCUGGAUGUAGAUCGCGCUAUUAAAUGUUACACAAAAAAGUAUUCUUGCAUGGUAAUCCAAAAUUGUAUACUGUAAAUUUACAUAACGUCUAGAAGUACCAUAGGUUUACCACAGGGCUGGCCGUCUGUCACGCAGCCUUACCAACCAACCGAAGGCAGAUGUUUUUGACUGGGUGUAAAAUGUAGGGCACUAAAACCCCCAUAAUUUAAGAAAUGACAGUGUCUUUAUGUGUAAGAUUUAUUUUGUCUAUUUUUUUAUUUAGGAUUCUUUUUUUUCUUUCUGUAAUUUCCCUCCUUCACUGUCGUAGUCUGUUGGUGCCUAGCUUGGUGAAACUUUCAAGAGACGAGGCUGGAAACGCAUAUAUGAUAAGAUACGAUCGUGUGUGUGUGUGAGGCUUUGUUAUUGAAAUAAUCUCUAGCUUUAUAACAUCACUUCUCAAGUGUGCAUACCAUUUCUCUUCAUGUGGAACUAGGUAAUAUUUUAAUGCUGUACAUACGAAUACUUCAAACUGUUGUCCUUGGACCUUGGGGGCUUUAAAAACCAGCUUUGUACUCUUGUCAUGGUAGCACAUGGACCACUGCUAGUUAAACCAUCCCAUUUAACAAAGCUGCAGCAAGGAAUGGAAAGUUUAAAUGUAUAAAAGUGGCUUUGUGAAUAACCAAACUUCACAAGGAGCGCCAGGUUAGAUACCUGAUCGAUCUCGAGCACUCGAUCUCGAGCACUCGACCUCUGGUGACGGACCGAGUGCGACGUUCCAUGUGAGACUUUUGUUGAAUCCAAGCUUCUGUCCGCCCAUAGUCCCCCGCCCGGUCCGUGUGGGUGCGGCUCCGGUAUCCCAUAGGAAUUAUGUAGAGCCAGAAGAGGCUCUGUUCUAUGAAGGCCGCAGUGAGAUAAUCCCCCGUAAGAGAAAACGUAAAGGCACGAUAAGGAGUCAAAGUGAGGCCCCUGGGUUUGAUAUCUGGGAUGUGCAAAGACCUUUGUUUCUGAGGGGUAAAAUAUAUGUUCUGCCGGUUUUGAGUAAAAAAAGAAAAGGAAAAAAAAGUUUUCUGUGAAAAUAUAAAAUUUAGCUUAACAGAUUUGGCAAUUUUGUAUUAUCUCACUAAAGGAUUAAGUGGAUGGGAAUUUAGGAUUAAUGAGGAAAUGCUAGCAGCAGACAUGCUGAUUGGUCUGUGGGUGCCGUUUUGUCCGAUGCGGAGGUGUUUGUGGCUUUUAAAGAGCUCACUGUAAAAAGAGGCCGUGGCGGCUCCAGGAUCAGCAAGGAUCUCCACCGGCAAAACCCCACAGAUCAACUCACACCAGUGCAAACGUCUUCUGAGUGGCUUUCCUCAAAUUUCAGCUUUUGAUCUUUGUGGAGCUGUAACAGGAAGGUCACUGUAAACCAGUCCGUGCUGUAGAAACGACCAUUGCACUCCCCUCGGAGGACGACACAAAACAAAACAUCUUGCUUCUAACUAGCUGACAAGGUGAUUCAUUAAUCUUGCACAUCCCUGUUUUCAAUUAAUCUUUGGUCUUUUAAUGACGACCAAAGGCAACGUUGAGAUUUACUGAUGUUGAUAAAUGCAUAAACGUAUAAUUUCUGAUUUAGCCUUUUCAUUCCAAUGCAGUUGUUGGCUAAUAAAGAAUUCCACUGCUGAUCAUCUUACCUUUGCUUUUUUGCCACUGUUUCCGCUUCCUGCGUGUCCUGGAUGUGGUGAUCUGCUGGUGGCUCCUGUGAGCCGGAUGUGACCUGUUGCUGCAGAACUCUUAUUUCAAAGAUCUGAAGUGUCUGAUCCCAUUACAGGCCAAUUGGUUUGGACAGCAAGGGGAAGUCGCUGAGCGAUACCACAAAGAAUAUCGAUACCACACCAAUGUAUGAAUUGAAGCCGAUAAGCGUAGCUUCGCAUCAAUGUUAAAACCUUGGGAUGAAGUAAUUAUUUGGAACACCUGCAUGAUUAAGUGCACAAAAGUGCCACUUUGAAUCUUGUUUGCCAGAGAUGUCUUUCAGUAAGAGUAAGCAUUGAAAAGGGUUUUAUUAAGACUUAAAAAUAUUGUAUUGUCUGAGACCAAUACUGAUUACUCAACUACAAAGAGGCUACAAAGAUGGGAAAGCUCUCCUCGCUCUUAGCAACAAAACCACUUGUGCUGGAACAUUGCAAAUUCAUCCAUCCAUAAAACGUCUAAAAACUGCUUUUAUUUCUGGACAGAACUUGUGAACGUAUUAUUGGAUAUUCUUUCUCCAGUAAAACAAUGUUUGAGUCAUCUUUCCUCGCUUCAAACCCAACCCUAAGCGGAGACGUGUACUUCCCGAGACAUCACGAUGUUCCUCUUGCAUUGCUCUGGCCUUUGUCUUCAGGCUCGAUGAGUGCAGACAGCUCGGCUCAUUGGUCGUAGAAAGGCUGGUUUUGUUGUGUUUGGGUGUAUCUCCUUCCCUGUAAAGGAAAUGAGGUUGAGGCAGUUUUUUAGCCCAAUUUGGCAUGAAUAAUGAAGAUGGCUACAUGUUAAAUGUUCUAGCUGAACAAGCUAGAGACGUUCCGAUAGUCUCCUCAGGAUCAUACUAUGACAUGCCAGACCAUAAAAUGUUAAUGGAUAACCUAUUCCUUUCCUUGGUUCUACCUAAGGAGGUGAUUAAUGGAAGGUCAGGAUGAUGUGUGAUCUAAUUCUUUUGUUACAAUUUCUUUGGCACAUUUGCGCCCCUAUGAAGAAAAUGUCCUUUACCCCAUUCGCAGGUCCCAAGCAACCCCUGUACUGUCCCGUGGUGUGUGAAGGGGCUAACGGACAUGUUCUGUCUGUGGGUCGUUUCCACCUGGUCAUUGUAACCCGCCUGUGAACCACAUCCAAGGGUUUCACACUGGUUCCUGUAGGAGAGCUUGUGAUGUUUUCGCCACUAGGGUCUCACUCUUCACUCAGAAAACUGUUAACAAUAUCCUUGGAUGUCAUCAUUGUUUGCAAUACAAUAAAAUAAAACAUCUGCA